CAAUAAAAAGGAAAGAGUGGUCCUCUCCUUUUUGCUGCGAGCAGGGGGGUGUACACAGUGGGGUAGUGACGCAGAUGACCAAAAAGGAGACGACGACAAGGCCACCCACCUGCUGGACGUCUACAUGUAUCUGUACCUCCGCCGGGAGCUCAAGCACUCAGAAGGAGAUGAAAAUUACCGAGUGCUCUACUUCCUCAACGACAGGGAACGAUUUCUGAAUUUGGGACAGUACCAAUUCGACAUGGACCACUUCGCAAUUCGCAACUGGCAGCAUCACAUGUCUUUGUUCAGAUUAAAUUCGAUGCAAAAUGAUCAGAUGUCAAUUUUGUGUUCUAAAAUUUGCAUAAAGGGGAAGCUUCCCAAUAUCCUUAUGACCACACAGGGGGAUUACGAAUUGGUGGACUCAGAAGAAGAAAAGGAUUGGCUCCUUCACUGUGAGACUGCCUAUCGAAGGACCAACGCGAGGAGGUACUACAUCGAGUGGGAAAGGGACCACCACAGUGGUGGUACACUCCAUUCAGUAGACACACAUGACGGUAAUUUAAGUUGGAGUGGAAAAUUCAUGGGCUCCAACAAGCUACCCUUAACCGAGUACGUCAUUGAUGUACCCAAACAGCAUAAACUACUGAGCUCUCCUUUUACAUUUUUAAAAAAAAAGUUGGUAUAUCUCUGCCAAGAGGGAGAGUGGUUUAAAGGAAAAUAUACCCGUGGGGUGGACACUAAAAAUAGUUACUAUGUGAUCAAAAUGGGAAGGAACGGGCUGAAGGAGCAAACGGUGCAGAGCUGCUUAGCCCACCUUCCAUAUCAACUCAGUGCUGACUUGGGACCCUGCUGGAUAUGUAUCCUCUCUCAGGAUUUCCAUAUACGGGACGUCUUCGACGUGAUUUGCGUAAAUUUUUGCACCCCUGGUGUGGGGAGGUGA